AUGUCCGUUGCUCAAAAUUACCAAGAUUUGACUAAUUAUAAUUGCAGUAGAUAUUUAAUUUCGCAGAUUUAUCAGGAGCUUCACAAAAGAACGACUAGUUUACUCUCAUCUUCUCUCUCUCUAUUAGUUACAUUUAAUUUAUUUGUACUAUCAAUCAUUGUUCACGUUAAAAUUCACAUCCCAGAUAUUCAUCAUAAACAUAAACAUUUGAAAACGAAAUAUGUUCAUGUUUACCAUCCAAGAGUCAUUCACACAGACCAUGCUUCGUAUGUCCAUUCGAGAAAUGACCCAAACAUUGGAUUGGUUAACGGUGGUUAUCCACAACCUUUGGUUAAUUUGAAUCAUCACAGACCUGAAUUAAGAAUAACCGAAGAAGAGUUUCUUAAAUGGAGAAAGGAACAAUUUAUGAGAGCUUUGGAAGAACGAAGGAAGUUGCAAGAACAAUAUGGAAAUAAUCCUGAAUCUUAUGAUGGCGAUGAUGACAACGCAAAUACCAAAGACGAUCCAGAUGCAAUAGAAGAUGAAUCAAAAAUAACGAGCAAUCUUUUCCGAAAGCAUAAAGCAAACAAAGCAAAUUCUUCAUCAACUCGAUAUGGCUCAACCAGGCAUAGAAAUCAUAACUAUAAUCAAGAAUUUGGAGCUUCAAACUACGAAAAACAUUAUACACAUUAUCCAAAUCGUCAAGGAAAUAAAAAGAAGAAGCAUAAGCAAACCGAUACAGUUCGUCAAGCACCGAAUCGACCCAAAAAGAAUCAAAACUCGAAUUUUCAUUAUCAACAAGCUGUAGAAGCUUCAAACCUUCAGCCAAGUUUUUAUAACGGUGAUCCAACGGCACUUGAUCCAACAUAUUAUAGCACAUUACCAAAAGACCAACAACCUGAACCUUCCGAUCAUCAAGACGACAUUUACUCAGAAAUUCUCUCAUCAAAAUACAACAAGAACAUCAUGGCUAAAGCGAAGUUAUUAGCCGACAUCAACUACAAUAGAAAACAACAAACAAAAAUUUUCACAUCACAAAGAAGAAGAGGCUAA